AAACUGUUCCGCCUCCCACUAUUCAACCGAAGUGGAUCUGCUGAGCCCAGUAUCUCCUGCCCAAUGGAUGUGAAACACGAUCUUCACGUGGUUUUUGAUCAGAAAAGCGGUGAUUUUCUGGGUAUGCCUCCACAAUGGGUUCAUCUCCUGAGGACAUCGAAUAUCCCUACCUCGGAGCAGGCUGCAAAUCCAGACCUCAUGCUUGACGUCCUCCAGUGCUACGACGAGUCGGCUAAACCGAAGGAGAAGUACAUGACCAAUAUCUCCGGAGUUACCAGUUCAUCAGGUUCAGUCGAUUCAAUGAGUCAAUCCUCUUCCACUCGUUGCUCAUCCACAGUCCAACCGACUGGCUUCAUGACUCCUCUCUCCUCAGCAACUGGCCCUUCUAGCCUGGGUGAAGGUCUUCAUUUCCUCUCUGACCGUCUUCAAGACCAGCGUUCCUCGACCCCACCUCAUCACAAAUUUUCCACCCUUUCCUCUCCUCUCGUCACAAGUUUUCUUCCUUCUGAUCAUUGUACCGCUAAUGUCAACGGCGGCUCUCCAACAAUGCGCGGCUAUAGCUACAAUGAGAAAAGUCUCUCGGGCCAGGCUACUGGGGCUCCUAGACGGACUAGUGAGGUUGUGGGUCCCCGACCUCCUCCUCCCGCACCCCCUCAUCGAACUUGUUCUAGCAGUGGCGCUAAUGGAGGAAUGAUUGCUGGCGAAGGGAAACAGCUAUUACUUGAAGGUCAACAGGCCAAAUGUAGUCAAGAGGGAAGUGCAUCUACAAGCUCUGUUCCUAGUCUUCCGACAACUUCGGGAGUUUCUGUUGGAGGUGGAUCUUCCAGUCUCUCAAGCAGUGGAUGCUCCUUCUAUUACUACUCGGGUAGUGGAGACACGAGCAAUUCUCCCACAUCCGGAUGCGGUUUCGCUGCCCCGCCACCUCCUAUCCCUCCUCAUCAAGUUGCCUCAUCUACUACUAAUAAUACCCUGAGUAGCAGUUGUAUUACUGACCCUGCUGCAACGCUCCGUGGCGAUCAUCAUCGAUCUGUUCCUCCCGCGGGCGGUGGUGCGUCAACUCUUGUCAAGGGUGCGGGUGGCCUGAGCGGUCUUGAUUGGGACCAUCGGGCAUUUUCCUCAACGGAAGACUAUCCCUGUCCGGAGAAGUCAAAGGUGGUUUCACCAUCUGAGAUGCCAGAGUCAUUCACAUCAGAGGAAGAGGAAGAAGAUGGACAAGAUGAGACGUCAUCUUCUUCGGAACAAGAUGAUGAGACCGGUGAGGAUAUGGUUAUCAAUUUUGCUGAAGAUGAGGAUGUCUCUAAGGGGAUGUCUCCAGAAACGGUGAAUGACAUGGCUGUUGCUAUGGAGAAACAAGUCUGCGUAAGGGAUGUCUCUCCCCCCAAUGUGAGUUUAACAGUUUCUAUGCAACGUUUGGAUGAAAUGGUGGUAGUUGACGCGAUUCCCACUGCAUCGAAUAUGGUGAAAAUUGUGAAAAGCGACGCUCUUUCUUCAAUUGAUGAAACUAUACUGCCACCGCAACCACCACCACCACCAUCAUCACCUUUCUCCUCCCAACUGCCGACUUCUGCAAGCUCUCCAACACCAUUUGAAAAUGGUGGCACGCUUACCAAUGGACAUACAAGGAAAUAUCCCUUGGAAAACGGAAAUGGACCGGUCAAGACUCUACCUCUUCAGAAGCCCUCGUCACCAACCUUGCCUGUGGCCCCCGCCCCACCAGCAGUUCACCACUUCCCUUACUCACCAAAACCCUCCUCUAGCAACCACCAUCAAAAUCACCAACAGCAACAACAACAGCAACAUCAAAACCAUCAUGCAGCUCCUAGACGACGAGCAGCCAACAACAACCAUCAUCGCUUGACAGACACGCAAGUGUAUGAAAAACUUCGAGCUAUCGUCACUCCUGGAAAUCCCAACGACAAGUACUGUGUUGUCGACAGAAUUGGCCAAGGAGCCUCCGGAGUUGUGUGCAGCGGUUACGAGAUUGCAACCAAAAAGUUAGUUGCAAUUAAGAAAAUGAACAUUGCUCAGCAACCCAAAAAGGAGCUCAUUAUUAACGAGAUUCUCGUAAUGCGAGCUAAUCGUCAGCCGAACAUUGUCAAUUUUCUCGACGCUUACCUAGUUAAUCCCACGCCUUCAAGUGCUCGUAUCUCCACGUCCAGCAGUGGAAAUGCUAGUGGGGAGGAACUUUGGGUUGUUAUGGAAUAUCUGGAUGGUGGUUCUCUCACUGACGUUUGCACAGAAACUUGCAUGGAGGAAGGCCAUAUUGCAGCUGUUUGCAGAGAGAUCCUAAAGGCACUGGAAUUCUUGCACUCCAACAACGUCAUACAUCGUGAUAUCAAGUCAGAUAAUAUCCUCUUGGGGAUGGAUGGUUCCGUCAAACUCACCGAUUUUGGAUUUUGCGCUCAGUUGUCAAAUGAACGCACCAAACGGUCUACAAUGGUGGGAACUCCCUAUUGGAUGGCGCCAGAGGUUGUAACCCGACGGCAGUAUGGCUACAAAGUGGAUAUCUGGUCUCUUGGUAUUCUUGCUAUCGAAAUGAUUGACGGAGAACCACCCUAUCUUACCGAAAAUCCACUUCGCGCACUUUACCUCAUAGCCACGAUUGGUAAACCGGAAAUUAAAGAGCGGGAUAAGCUUUCAUCAACUUUCGUAGACUUCCUUGAUCGGUGUUUGGAAGAAUCCGUCGAUAAUCGGGCAUCGGCAUCAGAGUUGCUACAGCACCCUUUUAUCACCACACAGUCAAAACCACUCUCUUCUUUGGUGCCCCUAAUCCAAUUGGCUAAGGAGCAAAAAUAA